AUGGAAAAUCUAAAAGAGAAAAUUUUUUGUUUUAAACAUAACGAAGCAUUUUUUCUGGAAAAUACUAAGACAAUAGAUUUUUUUUUAAAAAUUAAUAAUAUAAAAAAAGAAAUAAAUUGUAUGAGGGGUGAUGAAAGAAUGAGGAUUAUGGUGGCUGCCACGUAUAUAGACGGGUAUGCUUACAGAUGCUCUUCUAAGGCAUGCAGAUCAAAGGCGAGCCUAAGAUGGCCCUUCCAAAUAUAA